UUGCUUUUCGUUGUUUUCGUGCUGGUGACGACGGGUUUCUUCGAGCUUCGGGCGACGUGCUCACUCGUCCACUUUUGGUCUCAUCCUGCGUAGUUCCACGACCAAUAUGAGCGUUGGAUAGACAGUGUCCUGAAAGGGUUUUUUUUUUCUCUCUUUCUGAGUUUUGUUGAGCACCGUACCGUAAAGUAAGUACCGCAAAACUGAAGCCUCGCAGUUUUUUUGUAGACAGAGAAAAGAGCGAUGCAAAACUAACGCAGUCAACCCGAUCCGCUGGCCCAAGACGAGUCGCAGGGGGACGACGGGGAGGCGGUGGUGGGCCAGCAGAGACAAAUCAUGGCUGCUCCGCUGACCGGCACCCCCGAGGAGCGUGGGGAGCACCGUCUCCAGUUUGCCUACUCCCUGUGGUUCUCCAGGAGGGCACCGGGCAAGCAGCCCAACAACCAGCGCUACGACCAGAACCUCAAGCUGGUCUGCACCUUCGACACCGUUGAACAGUUCUGGAGGAACUACAGCCACCUCAUGCGACCCUCGGAGUUGUCUGGACACAGCGACUACCAUCUCUUCAAGGAGGGCAUCAAACCCAUGUGGGAGGACGAUGCAAACCGCACGGGGGGCAAGUGGAUCGUGCGUCUGCGCAAGGGCCUGGCCUCCCGCUGUUGGGAAAACCUGAUCCUGGCCAUCCUGGGCGAGCAGUUCAUGGUUGGCGAGGAAGUGUGCGGUGCGGUGGUAUCCAUCCGCUUCCAGGAGGACAUAGUGUCCAUCUGGAACCGGACAGCCAGUGACUCCCAGACCACCAUCCGCAUCCGGGACACCCUCCGCAGGGUCCUCAACCUACCCAUCAACACUGUUAUGGAGUACAAGACCCACACCGACAGCCUGAGGGAUAACUCCAGUUUCCGGAACACUGACAUCUUCCUCAGAUGACAAGCAUGGAGUCCCUGUGCUGGACAUGAAAUUUGCUGACUCAUGGGACAGAUCAUUUGGAGACGACACUGUGCCAUUCCUUUGUGGUUUGGAGAUGUUCAUUAAAACCACAGAAUGUUGUUAUUAA